AUCAUGCGCACCAGCCUCACUGUGUACAGACGGAAGGGUGUAGCGCUGCGUAGUGUUACCCGGGUUUGUGUGGCUGUGUUCGGGUACACCGUGUGACCUGUAAACAGCCUCCCUGCGACUCUGAAAUCAUGCUAGCAGAUCGCAGAGUACGGACAUUAGAACCAGGCUUUAGAUGGGAACGUUGAUUCAACCUGAAAUGGGUGAAGAAGAAUUUAAAUCUCAAGAACACUGGCAGCUUCAGUAAAGGUGAGCAGGAUGGGGGAGCGAGGUGUCAGCGGGCCUGUGGCUGCAAUUUCGCCCAUGCAGCAGAUGCUGGCUUCAGGGACUGGAGCCCUCCUCACGUCUGUGUUUGUCACGCCGCUGGACGUUGUGAAGAUCCGUCUGCAGGCUCAGCAAACAACGUUCCACCAAGCGUUAGCCUGUGAAGCUGCAGCUCCGUGGAGCGGCGCGUUCACACGCCCUUCAAAGUGGAGGUGUUUCAUGUAUUGUAACGGGCUGAUGGAUCACAUCUACGUGUGUCAGAAUGGAACCAGUUGCAGCAGCUGGUACAAAACGCAGACACAUUUCAGCGGGACACUCGAUGCAUUCGUGAAAAUAUCCCGACAUGAGGGACUCAGGUCUCUGUGGAGCGGGCUGCCUCCCACACUUGUCAUGGCCGUACCUGCCACCGUCAUCUACUUCACCUGCUACGACCAGCUGAGGGACUUCCUGCGAUACGGUCUGGGUUUCCAGGGCAGCCACGUCCCUCUGGUCGCUGGAGGUCUCGCCCGAUUGGGGGCAGUGACUGUGAUCAGCCCUCUAGAGCUGGUCAGGACUAAGAUGCAGUCCCGUCGGCUGCCGUACAGCGAGCUGCGGGCGUGCAUCCGCUCUUCUGUGGCCCAGGAUGGCGUGCUGUCGCUGUGGAGGGGCUGGGGACCCACCGUGCUCAGAGAUGUGCCCUUCUCAGCAUUAUACUGGUUUAACUAUGAGCUGGUGAAAGCCCAUCUGUGUGAAAAGUCCCGGGUGACCCAGGCCAACUUCUCCAUCAGCUUCACAGCAGGAGCGAUCUCCGGAGCUAUCGCUGCAAUCCUGACGCUGCCGUUUGACGUGGUGAAGACACGGAGACAGAUUCAGCUGGGAGAGAUGGACACGCUGGGAGUUUCUGCAAAGAGAACCACGUCCACACUGCACAUCAUGAAGGAGAUCUGGGCGGAGUUGGGCUACAGGGGACUUUUUGCAGGUUUCAUGCCCAGGGUGAUCAAAGUGGCCCCAGCGUGCGCCGUCAUGAUCAGCACCUACGAGUUCGGAAAGGCGUUCUUCCAGAAGAUGAAUCUUGAUGGAGAGUGACUGCCGUCCUGCAGACUGUCUUUGCAGGAGCAGAAAGUCACUCAUAUUCAGACAUUGUCAUCACAGUUUGGAGACGGACUUCAAAAGGAAGCGUGAGGAACAGGCGGGCCUUGACUCGGCUUUGUUUGAACCUUAAACAGGAGGAUUCACUCAUAUACUUUAGGAAUGCCUCUCCCUGCAAACCUGCUCUCAUCCUUAAACUUUCAUGAGUUGGAAUAAGAAGACUGGAUGCUGAGAGACACUCUAAGACUACAGACUGUUUGUGUUGAUACUUUGUGUUUACAGGUUCCUUAUAAAGAGAAAGUUUAAAUAUUUCUGACGCACAUCACAACAGACAAAGAACAAACUGACCCACCGUGCAGGGCGGCGGCCGUGUGGGGUGUUACUGCUUGUUUGACUGCAUGAGUCUCAUUCCUUCACUUUGCAUCGCUAGAGACAAACUGCACGGGGACAAGCUUCAUUCAAUAAAGAUUCCAGACAUGCAACUGCACCCUGCAUCAGCAUUUCUGCAUCAUCCAGCAGUAGAGCAUGACAAGUAUCUGUCAGAACAUGAUCAACAAAUCUGGUUUGUAUGAUAGAUUGAAUCACUUGUAGCACUUUUUGCAUUUGCAAGACAAUGUGAAAUGAGUUAAACAAAUAGCUACAGGUGUUCUCGUUAGCUGAGUGUAGGCCUCUUUUUCUGUUCUAUGAAAACAUGAAUCAAGCCUUCUUUGGAGAUGUGUGAUCAUUGGUGUAUGAAUUUAGCAUGUUUAGCUACAGUCGUAAUGCACAAACCGUUAACAUUUCACUCUUUCUCUUGAACGGAAACCACUGCAAGUGAUGAGGUGAGGGGGAAAAGAAAACACAGAUGACAUUUCAAAUGUUUCAUUCCGGCGGUUAAAUGUUUGAGCUAGCAUAUCGUCAAUGCUGUUACAACACUGGAUCAUAAAUCUGAAAAUAUUGCUGCCUUAUGUGUUCUUUGUUUAUUUUUGUAAAGAAUGGAUUUCAAAAUGGUAUUAAAUAUGUAAGACAGCG